UACAAUAUAGAUUUUCAGUACUGGCAGUAAACUUCAAAACGCAGCUAUGUCUGCUUUGUGUUUAUUUGUGAAACAAUCAGCGAAACAUUUAAUUUUUUCAAAAGUUAGUCGAGGAAUAUCGUUGUCUGCAACAACACGUUUAAAAGAAAUAAUUGAAAAGAAAGAAGGAAAUACUUUAACUAUCGAAGGUGUUUAUAUAUCUAACGAAAAGGAACAUCUGCAAUUAAAGACAAAGAGCAAUGCGUGUAUACUUUGCGAAACAGGACUUGAUGUUAAACAUACUGAUGUUCUUAUUCUAAAACAAUUUAUGCAGUUAAAUGGCAAAAUAUUACCUCGAAAGGUAUCUGGCCUGUGCCGUACACAACACUUGAGAAUUAAAAUUAUGUUGAACAUGGCUAAGGAAGCAGGUUUAAUACCAGUGGAUAUUAAAGAUGGAGAUCUAAAAGAUCCAAAACAGAGAGAAAAGUGGAGAAAUUAUAACACAUAUUAUGAUGAAAAUACUAUUAAAUUUAAGUACAGAAAUUAGACACUAAAA